CACGGCUAUAUGAGAACCCCGCAUGUUCUGGGCAGGUCAAUUGUAUUGAGCUUCUGAUAGUAAAAGGCUCCCUGUAUACAGAUCCACAUAAAGACAAGACAACACAGCACGUUUUGCUCCUUCACCAGCUACGGUCUUGAAUUCCAUGCAGACAUGCCUUCAAAGACAGAGACUCAACCCGACUUCGACGCCAUUGUCGUUGGCGCUGGUUUCGGGGGUAUCUACAUGUGCAAGACGCUCGUCGCGCAAGGACUGUCCACCAAAGUCAUUGAAGCUGCGCCUGAUGUGGGUGGGACAUGGUUCUGGAACCGCUACCCUGGUGCAUUGUCAGACACACGCUCCUUUCUCUACCGAUACUCGUGGGACCGUGAAGACCUCCGUCAGUAUCCCUGGAAAAGGGAAUAUCUGAAACAGCCAGAGAUUCUCGCCUACUUGAAGCAUGUUGUUGAGAGACAUGAUCUGCGACAGUAUAUGCAAUUCAAUACCGAAAUGCAAGGCGCGUCUUACGAUAACGAGCGUAACUUGUGGACUGUUUCACUGUCGUCAGACCAACAGCUAACCACUCGAUAUCUUAUCACGGCCGUUGGACUUUUGUCCAAAAUCAACUAUCCGGAUAUUGCAGGACUUAGCUCGUUCAAGGGCGAAAUGUACCACACUGGUAACUGGCCCGCGUCUUAUGACUUCAAGGGUAAACGCGUCGGGGUUAUUGGGAACGGAUCUACGGGUGUUCAGCUUGUUACUGCAUUGGCCGAUCAAGAUGUGAACCAGCUUCUCUCGUUUCAACGGCAUCCACAGUACGUCGUUCCAGCAGGCGACGCGGAAGUCUCUCCCGAGACUCGACAAGAUCUCGAUAGACGCUGGGAGAAAGUAUGGAGAGAGGUAAAAAACAGCACCUUUGGGUUCGGCUUUGAGGAAAGUUCCAAGCCAACCUUCAGCGUCAGCGAGGAAGAGCGCGAAAGGAUUUUCGACGAGGCCUGGGCUAAGGGGGGAGGGUUCUAUUUCAUGUUCGGCACAUUCUGCGACAUCUCGUCCAACGAGGAAGCGAACAGGGCAGCGGGCGAGUUUAUCCGCCGGAAGAUCCGCCAGAAGGUGAAGGAUCCUGUCAAGGCAGAGAAGCUCAUGCCGUACGAUUGGUAUGCCAGACGGCCGUUGUGUGACACGGGCUACUAUGAGAAGUUCAAUCGUGCGAAUGUGGACGUCGUCGACAUCAAGACCAAUCCGAUCACUAGGAUAACCGAGAAAGGCAUACAGACUACCGAGGGAGAAUACGAGCUGGAUGUUCUUAUUUUUGCAACCGGCUUCGAUGCGGUGGAUGGUAACUACAAGCGGAUGCGUAUCCAAGGUGCCUCAGAGACCCUUCAGGCGCGGUGGCAGGAGGAACCGAGCUCGUUUUUGGGGGUCUCGAUCCCUGGAUUUCCGAAUCUGUUCUCCAUUCUGGGUCCUAACAGUCCAUUCACCAAUCUGCCGCCCUUGAUUGAGGUCCAGGUGGAGUUCAUUGCAAACAUGAUCUCUCACGCGGGGAAGGCAGCGGCCCCACGUAUAGAGGCGGAUUCAGGCGCAUUACAGGACUGGAUACACAAGUGCGACGAGCUGAGUGCCGGCAGCUUGUUUCGGAAAACAGACUCGUGGAUUUUCGGGGCGAACGUGGCUGGUAAGAAACGUUCAGUGCUGUUUUACUUUGGGGGACUGGCGAUGUACAGGCAAGUCCUACGCAACAUUGUAGAAGAUGGAUACAAGGGCUUUAGUUUUGAAAUGUGA